AUGUUCUUGACAAGAAUAAUUCUUCCUUUGUGCAUAGUUUGUACAUUUGCGUCAUCGAAUUCACAAGAUACCGUGAAAGUAUCACUCUACUAUGAAGCCCUGUGUCCCUACUCUCAAGAAUUCAUAAAGGAUCAACUAUUUCCUGGAUAUCAAGUUCUAGGUGAUGUACUUGAUUUGGACCUAGUACCAUAUGGUAAAGCUAAGAUGAGCAAUAUUAACGGUAAAUGGAAACUGACAUGCCAACAUGGUCCGAAGGAAUGUUUUGGAAACAAAAUACAAGCUUGUGUUUUGGACCUGAAUUACACACAAGCAAAGUCUAUGAAUUUCAUUGGAUGUGUCAUGUCAACAGAGACCCCUGAGAACAAAAAAAUUGCUAAAAAGUGUGCUGAAAAAAAUAAACUUUCCUGGACAGACAUCAAGCUGUGUAUGAAUGGCGAGCAGGUUAACGAAAUCAUGGAAAAAAUGGGGAAUAAAACUAACAAUCUUGAACCGAAAAUGAUGUACGUCCCAUAUAUCUUGUUCAACGAUAUUCACGAUGACGAUGUGGAAGACGAAGCCAGAGAAAAUUUCCUGAAGACCGUUUGCAAGAUGUUCAAGAAUAAACCCCCAGGAUGUUCAGACUUCAAUUAGGCCAAUCAUCACAGACAUGGGAGAUUUAAAUUUCAACAAUAAUUCCAUCAGGAGUUCUAGAUUUCAUCAGUAAACUCAGAAAAAAAUCUCAAUUUGCAACCUUUUCCAAAUUUUGAAUUGACUUGGUCGUUAUUAUUUCAUGAACGUUGUAAGGUUUUGAAUUGAUCCAUAGUGAAUGUGACAAACUUCACAAACGACAAGAUUUCCACAAAAUUCCUAAUCACACGACAUGUUUCGCUAACACAGUAGCUUCAUCAGGUGAAAUACUGAAAAACUUAGUUCAUGGUACUACCCUAAUAACACAAUAACAUCUGUAAGACGUCGUAGAAACAUCUAUAUGGGAUGAUAGGAACAUCUCUGAAAAAUCCCUAUUUUCCUUGGGACAUUCUCGGGAUGUUGCUGGCAACACCCGUGUCAGCAUUUGCGAUGUCUUAUUAACAUCCCAUCAGAAUGUUUGUGGGAUGAUACGGGAUGUACCAGAGACAAUCAGGGUACUUGAUGUGGAACAUCUUGAAGAGACUUUUAGGAUGUUUUUUGUUAGAUGACAGAAAUGGAUGACACGGUAUGAAUUAUUCUCAAUCUGAAAUCCUGAAAAUGGCCGACCUAUUUCCAGAUAUGAAGUAACAAUGCGAAUCCGAAAAUAUAAGGUCGGUGCGGUCCAAUAACUAAUGGAAGAUAAUAACAGUUGUUUGAGGCUCAU